AUGACCGACGAAACAAAUCAAGGUAGCAAGGCUGUCCUUGCCACUCCUCCGUUCGAAUUCAUCGGUAAAAAGGAAAUGUACGUGGACUGGAAGAACGCCUUAGCAAACUACUUUUUCGCCUAUCCCAGAAGUUUCCAAACCAACUCCUCCAAAAUCCUCUUCGCAUUAUCCCGAAUCCCGUCCAAUAAAGCCAAUGACGCCUGUCACACAUGGAAGGCAAAUUUCAACAACAAAACCGCAGUGCUAGGAGACCUAUUUGCACCACGGAAUUGGGGAACUAUCUCGGAAUUCAUCAAGGAAUUAGAUAACAAAUUCCUAGAUCCCCAUCUCAAGUUACAAGCAGAAAUUGCCCUUCAUAAUUACGAACAACGAGAAAUGACGGUAGACGCAUAUUUUGGAGGACUCGAAUCCAAACUUAUGGAAGCAGGAUUACCACCAGACGCAGAUGAAAGUUAUCCGUUCAUUCACAGUAUCCUUCGCCGCAACCUCUCUCAAUUCCUUCGUGAUCAUAUCUCGCAGCAGGAAAACCUACCCACCACGUACUUAGAAUGGAAGGCAGCAGUGAGGAAAUGGGAACAGCAAAACGAAGUACUUAAUCUGGAAAGGAGGAGAGAUAAACCCCCUCAACAGAGGCUGCCAUCUCAGUACCAACGAUAUCAACCGCAUUAUCAACAGAACCAAAACUACCCCCCACCACAGCAUCGACAAACAGUACCGCGAACAGAGACGCGAAGACCACGGUAUAUCCAACAACGACCGUAUUAUACUCCAUCACAAAGACCACCGCCCCAGAAUGCAAUCCACCCAAACACAGCAGGAACAUUUGGAGGAUCAGGUGUACCUAUGGAGAUUGGGAGUUCCAACACGCAGAGACAAUGUCGGCCCAACCCGAAUGUUACUUGUUACAAUUGUGGCGAACAAGGCCACAUUGCUAGAAAUUGCCCACAUGGAAAGAUGGCAAUACGAUAUAUGGAAACGGAGGAAACCAGAGACACUCCCACUGCAUUGUCAUUAAAAGAAAUUGAAGCGCCUCCGAAGGAUUUUCAGAAAGGUCAGGAGUAA